AAUGAAAGGAAAAUUCUUCACGUGUAACGGCCAAGCCACUGUGAUCAUGUAAUGACCACUAGUUAAACCAACAACCCCAUAAUGAAAACAGAACAGAUAGUAUUUCUUAUCCACUUGAUAGCCCACAUAUUUCAUCUUCUUCUUCUUCUUCCAAACUAAGCAACUAAUGGCAGACACAGCAGUCUCACGCUCAAAUUCUGUGAAGGUAUUGUUAGACGCGCUUGUUUCAGCUAAAGUCGUCGACAAUAUCAAGAGCACAAAACUCGACGUUUCACUCUUUAAAAAGCUCAAGACAACACUGCUCAAACUUCAAGUUAUACUUACUUAUGCUAAAGACAAACGUAUCACCACCAACAACCUUACCGUAGGCCUUUGGCUGGAAAUUCUGAGGACAAAUGCUGUCAUUACUCAAAUUUACGAUUUGUUUGACGAAAUCAACAUUGAGGCAUUGCGCUGCAAAGUGGAAGCACCUGACUAUCGGUUUAAUAGGAUGAUUAACUAUAAAUUGCAAAGAUUAAUCGAAAGAUUAGAGUUCUAUUAUGAAUUGCAAAGAUCAAUUGAAAGAAUAAUUGUUUCUAAUUCAAGUAGUUAUUGGAUUGAAAUUCUUACUACUACAAGUUUUGAUCUAGUUGAUGACUCUUCUAUACAUAUACAACUCCUCCCACUCUCAACUUCUGUCAAGGUUUUGUUAGACAGGCUUGUUUCUAGUUUGUUCGUGGAUUUCUUCCGGAGCAAGAUAGUUGAUGAUUCAUCAUUUUUGGAUAAGCUGAAGAUAAGACUGGCAAGGCUUCAAGAUGUACUUAAUUAUGCUAUGCGGAGACAUUUCACCGAUCCCACCGUCAUGGUCCUCAUGGAAUGGUUUGGUAUGCUGCAAUAUGAUGUCUUUGAAGUUGAAACUUUGUUUGACGAAAUCAACACUGAGGCAUUGCGGCGGUACAAAGGGAAAAUCACUCCUACUACUUCUCAGGUGCUAAUAAAUCUUUCUUCUCCUUUCAAACGGUGGGUGAUUAAUUCUAAAAUGCAAAAAUUAAUAGAAAGUUUGGAAUGCUUGAGUCCAGGUGGACAAAAAGGUGAACUAGAUGUUUCCAUUGUAAUUAUACAAAACCUUUCACUUUCAACUUCUGUGAACGCCUUGUUAGACAGGCUUGAUUCUGUUGAAUUCAUAGACAACUUCCGAAGCACGAAACUUGAUGUUUCACUCUUGGAAAAGCUUAGGAGAACACUGUUGGUUCUUCAUCGUGCUGGGGAGGAACAGGAACAUAUAUUUAUUGUGGGACAUUGGCUGGAUAUAUUGAGAAAUGUUGUCUUUGAAGUUGGCUAUUUCUUGGACGAAAUCAACCCUGAGGCAUUGCAUUGCGAAGUCGAAGGAAAGUUGAAACAUCUUUCUUCUCCUUCCAAUUCUAAAUUUCAAAAAUUAAUUGAAAGAUUAGAAUUCUUGAGUUCACGAGCACAAGGUCAAUUUGGUGGUUCAAGUUCCAGAAGUUUUUGGAAUGAAUCUCCUAGAAAUUCUGUUUUGGAUGAUGAAUCUUCUAUUUAUGGAAGAGACACUGAUAUAAAGAAACUUAAACAUCUUUUGUUGUCUAGUGAUGACGAUGAUAUUAAAAUAGGAAUUAUUUCCAUUGUGGGUAUUGAAGGGAUUGGUAAAACAACACUUGCUAAACUUCUUUACAACGAUCCCGAAGUAUAUGACAAAUUUGAGUUAAAAUUCUGGGCACAUGUCUCAAAACAUUUGGAUGAAUCAAUUGUUUUGGAAACCCUUCUUGAUGACCGCUAUAGAGAAAGAGAUGACACAAGUGGCGUAAAUAACCGUUACCCAAAGUUUUUACUAGUAUUGGAUGAGGUAAGGGAUACAGGAUCUAUCAAUUGGACAUUACUGAUGAAUAUCUGUAAUGUUGGCGAAACAGGAAGUAGGAUCAUCAUCACAACACAGGAUGAAGGAGUUGCACUAUCCGUGCAAACCUUUGCACCAUCCAUUCAAACCUUUCUUUCUAUCCACUACUUGAGACCUCUGGAAAGUGAAGAUUGUUGGUCUUUACUUGCGAGACAUGCAUUUGGAGCAUGUAAUGACCAACAACAAUUCAAUCUAGAAGGAAUUGGCAGAGAAAUUGCAAAUAAAUGUUUUGGAUCACCAUUUGCUGCAGUAGCACUUGGGGAUAUUCUUCGCAUCAAAUUGUCCCCAGAUUACUGGAAUGUUGUGCUAGAAAGUGACAUUUGGGUAUUGACAGAUCAUGAUGUGCAGCCUUUUAUUCAAUUGAGCUACCAUUAUCUUUCGACUUCUUUAAAACGAUGUUUUGCAUAUUGUUCAAUUUUUCCAAAGAAGUCCAUCAUAGAAAAAAAAAUCGUAGUUCAGUUGUGGAUUGCAGAAGGCUUGGUAGAAUCGUCCACUAACCUGGAAAAAGUUGGAGAAGAAUACUUUGAUGUACUAGUAUCAAGGUCGUUGAUACAACGAUCUAUUGGUGAUGAGGGAGAAAACUAUGAAAUGCAUAACCUCGUCCAUGAUUUCGCUACAGAGGUUUCUUCUUCAUAUUGUAUCAAUAUGGACGAACAUAACCUUCAUGAUAGGGUACAUAACUUAUCAUACAAUAGAGGGAUAUUUGACUCAUAUACUAAAUUUGAUAAAUUGUAUGGACUAGAAGGUCUACGUACCUUUCUAGCCUUACCAUUACAAGAAAAAUUGCCGCUUUGUUUGCUUUCAAACAAGGUAGUACAUGACUUGCUGCCAACAAUGAAACAAUUACGCGCGCUGUCUUUGUCAAACUACAAGAGUAUCACUGAGUUACCCAACUCUAUUGGAGAUUUGUUAUACCUGCAGUACUUAAAUCUUUCUCACACUGAGAUUGAAAAGUUGCCUACUGAAACAUGCAAGCUUUACAAUCUGCAGUUCUUGUUGUUGGCAGGUUGUAAAAGGCUCAUUGAAUUGCCGGAUGACAUUGGGAAGUUGGUUAAUCUUCGUCACCUUGAUGUUAGUGACACUGCAUUGAGGGAGAUGCCCGUACAAAUAGCCAAACUAGAAAAUCUCCAAACUUUGUCUAACUUUGUUGUCAGCAAACACAAUCAUGGAUUGAAGCUUGCGGAGCUGGAAAACUUUCCCCGCCUACAUGGAAAACUUUCUAUCUCACAGCUACAAAAUGUUAAUGAUCUCUUUGAAGCAGAUGAAGCCAAUAUGAAGAUGAAAGAUCAGAUAGACGAGUUAGCUUUAGAAUGGGAUUGUGGUAGUAAUGUUUCAAAUUCACAAACUCAAAGUGUUGUGCUUGAACAUUUGCGACCCUCAACAAAAUUGAAAAGUCUCACCAUCAAAGGCUAUGGGGGAAUCAACUUUCCAAAGUGGUUGGGUGAUUCUUUAUUUAGCAACAUGGUGUAUUUAAGGAUCUCAAAUUGUGAUGAUUGUUUAUGGCUUCCACCGCUUGGACAAUUGGGUAAUCUGAAAGAACUCAUUAUUGAAGGGAUGCAAUCAAUGGAGACAAUUAGUAUUGACUUCUAUGGAAGUGAUAGUUCUUCAUUUCAACCAUUUCCUUCUUUGGAGACUCUACACUUUGAGGAUAUGCAAGGGUGGGAGGAAUGGGACUGGAUUGGAGGUACGACUAUAGAGUUUCCUAGUCUAAAAACCUUGUCACUAAGUAAGUGCCCACAACUGGGAUUAGGAAACAUAGCUGACAAAUUUCCUUCCUUAACUAGACUUGAGUUAAGAGAAUGUCCUCUAUUGGUGCAAUCAAUGCCAUCAUUAGAUCAUGCAUUCAGCGAAAUGAUGUUCCCUUUCCAUUCUCUUCGGCAGUUGACCAUAGACGGCUUUCCAUCUCUGACGUCUUUUCCAACAGACGGUCUACCAGAAACAUUGAAAUUUCUCAUAAUUAGUAAUUGUGAGAAUCUAGAGUUCCUUCCUCAUGAACUCUUGCACAAUUAUACAUCGCUCGAGGAAUUGAAAAUAUCUUAUAGCUGUAAUUCAAUGAUAUCAUUUACCUUGGGCGCUCUCCCUGUCCUCAAGAGUUUGUUUAUUGAGGGUUGUAAAAAUUUGAAAUCGAUAUUAAUUGCAGAAGGAGCGUCAGAAAAGAGUCUCUCAUUUCUUAGAAGCAUCAAAAUAUGGGAUUGUAAUGAAUUGGAGUCAUUUCCCCCAGGUGGAUUGGCCACUCCAAACCUCGUUUAUAUUGCAGUGUGGAAGUGUGAGAAGCUUCGUUCAUUACCUGAAGCAAUGAACACUCUAACUGCCCUUCAAGAAAUGGAAAUUGAUAAUCUGCUAAAUCUUCAAUCUUUUGUUAUAGCGGAUUUGCCUAUCAGUUUAAGGGAAUUGACUGUUGGAUCUGUUGGAGGGAUUUUGCGGAAUACUGAGCCAACUUGGAUACAUCUCAAAUGUCUAUCAGUGUUGCGAAUUAAAGGCGGUGAUAUGGUGAAAACGUUCGUGGUGCCAUUCCUACCUACAUUUCUCGUGACACUAUGCAUUUGUGGUCUUGAUGAUAAAAACAUUGAUUGGAAAUGGCUUCGACAUCUCACUUCUCUCCAAAACCUUGAGAUUGUUAACGCUCCCAAACUCAAGUUGUUGCCAAAAAAAGGAUUGUCUUCCUCUCUUUUAGUACUAAGUAUGACACACUGUCCAUUACUGAAAGCAAGUUUGCGGAGAAAGCAAGGGAAAGAGUGGCGUAAGAUUGCUCACAUUCCCUCCAUAAUUAUAGAUGGCGAAUUGAUCACAUGAGUUUCCUGUCAGGAAUUGUAUUCUGUCACCCCUACUUCUGCCCAAUCUUGCUGCUGUGAGAAGCCGAAUUCGCAUACACAACCUGCACGCUGCAAUCAGUCCAUUAAAUGUUUUACUGAUGAGGAACGGAUUAAGUGACUUCAAAUAUUUUAGGAUUCAGAAAAGGUGAUUACUGCUGGAGCCACUAGGACAGGCAGCAAUUUUCUGUUAGAGUUGAUUUCGUAGCAACUUCUAUGCCGCAGAGCAUUGGAUGCAGUAGAGGAUCCAUACUCAUAAAAUCAAAGAGGAACAGUGUUUUCUUAUAAGCUACAUUCUGUUAUGAUUUCUAACGUCAUUCUUAUUCAUUCGAACUAAGCAACUUAUUCAUUCAGAUAUUAGUUUUUAGCUACAAUACCAUUAAGCCUAGCAAGGAAAUAUAACUGAUAUUUUCAGAGUUAUUUAGCGUGCCUUGCCUAGCAAGGAAAUAUAACAAUGGCCAAAACUGCAAUUUAGCCAUAAACUUUUAACAGAGUUAUUUUUCAGUUUGAAAUCAGUUGCAUAUUUCUAUUACUCUGUCAAUUCUUAUAAAUGAAUCAUCACAAUGUUAAAUGACAAUGUUUAUAGGUUUUGAUGUUUGAACCUUUUGCUAGACUUGUAAAAGUGACACAAGUUUAAUUAGUAAAAAUAAAUUUGUAUUUGAGAUUAUCCAAAACAAAAAGUCUAUCAAACUUCAGUAUGCCUAGUACAAAUUUCUCAUCUUAAUUCUAAG